GUCCGCCGGAGCGGUGGCAGGAACCGGAAGUCGCCGCGGUCUCGGCUCAGGAGACAUGGCGGGCGUUAAAGCUCUUGUGGCAUUAUCCUUCAGUGGGGCUAUUGGACUGACUUUUCUUAUGCUGGGAUGUGCCUUAGAGGAUUAUGGCGUGUACUGGCCAUUGUUUGUCUUGAUAUUUCACGCCAUCUCGCCCAUCCCCCACUUCAUUGCCAAAAGAGCCACAUAUGACUCUGAUGCCACCAGCAGUGCUUGUCGGGAACUCGCCUAUUUCUUCACCACUGGAAUCGUUGUGUCGGCCUUUGGGUUUCCUGUUAUUCUCGCUCGUGUGGCUGUGAUCAAGUGGGGAGCUUGUGGCCUGGUGCUGGCUGGCAAUGCAGUCAUCUUCCUCACGAUUCAAGGCUUUUUCCUUGUCUUUGGAAGAGGAGAUGAUUUCAGCUGGGAGCAGUGGUAGUGCUUGGUUCUAAUACUAUGCAUUGAAUUUCUACAUGUUUAUGUGGACACACAUGGCAUUUUACUAUGAAAUUUAAUAUGCUGUUUUUUAUACCUUUAUAUCAUGUUCACUUUAAAGAUAACUAAAUGUGUGAAACAUUAGCCUCAUUCCCAGCAAAUAACCCAAUGCCAUCAAGUCGCUUCCCGCUCAUAGUGGCUCUAGAGGAGACAGUAGACUACCCCAUAGGAUUGCCAAGACUGUAAUCGUGAGGAAAUCAGACUGCCACAUCUUUUCUUCCACAGAGCAGCUUGUGGUUUGAACUGCUGACCUUGUGGAUUAGCAGCUAAACACUUAACCACUGGGCCACCAGGGCUCCUUCCCAGCAACAAACCUCUCCACUUAAAUUGAAUGAUGUUACUGCAUUUUUUCAUAAGUAACAGGCCUAGGUAAAUGAUCCACACAUACAUUGUACGGCACAGCACACUUUUAAAAAUAGCGUGCACAGAAAUAUGUAAACGUGGUUUGGUGACCUGCUACAUCUACAUCUUUUGCCUGGGCUAUACUUGUGUCAGCACACAAUACUGGGGCAAGUCUCAGUUCUACUUAGCAUUGCUAAGAUAGUGUCAGUGGCCCUCUGUCUGCUGUACACUUCUCAAAAGUGCUCUCCUUGUACCAAGUGCAGAGGCAUCUCCUUGACCUUCAUGGAAAUGCAGAAUCUGAGGCCCCACCCCAAACCAUUGCAGUUGGGGGCCACCCCAGGGAAAUCCUGUGCAUGUCGAUGUGUAGUUGGCCUGAAAUGUAAACACUAACUAAAAGGUUGGCAGUGGGAACCUUCCCCGAGAUGCCUUGGGAAGAAGUGCCUGAUGAUUCUUUGAACGGUCACAGCCACUGGAAGCUCUGUGCGGGCCAGUUCUCUGAUUCUACAGGGUCACCGCGAGCCCAGGGGACCUGAUGCCAACGGGUUUGGACUCUUGAUAGCAGAGAGGACCUUACUCUUUGGGAUUUUCCAGGUGUUCAGACUUAUGGCAUCUGUCCUGUUCUUUCUCGUUGGGGAAAGAGGUUCUAAGUAAGGCAGGAGCAGCGGUUUCCACCGUGUGUAGGGGAGGUCAGGGUCAGGGGGUAACAGUGGGGUGCAGGGAAGAAAGAGGCACUGGAUGAAAGAGAAUAGCUAAGUGAUAUUUUGUAAUUUCCCAUUGUGAUCAGGCCUGUGCUUUCUCCGUGUUCCACUCCCCCCCAUUCCCACCAGUUGUGAGGUGCUCUGAUUUGUUCUGGCUUCCUCAUUGUCUGAGCCCAUGGGGCCAAGUAAGCAAGGAGGGAGGGUGUCCUGCUUCACUCUGUCUACACGAUGACUUGCACAUUGUGUUUCAUGUACUAAAGGACUUUAUAGUUUUUACUAAUUUCUGCCGCCUUUAGUGGGAUCUUUGAAAAUCCCUUUUCUGCUGGACACUAUAAUCCCAGUUUUUCUAGCUCAACUAACUCUUUGUCCAAGACUUACUGAGAUAAGGAAAUAUGGGAGAUAGAACCACGUAAUCAGAAUGACCAGUGAUUUCUAAUCAUUGUUAAUGUAUAACUGACAUACUUGCAAAACACUUCAACCUGGGAGUGUGCAAUCUGCUCACUGCUUCCUAUUCUGUUCACGCUGCGGGGACAAGGAGAAGGUGACUGCAAUGUCUAAAAAGAUAAUAUGUAAACAGAUUUCUUUGUUCUCAUGCAUGAUUGUAUGAUUUUAGUGUUCUAUGUAUAUAUAGAUGUAUCCAUGUUAUUUCCAAUAUUUAUAUUAGAAAAAUUAUUUCGAUACUCUAUGAUUUCAACCCAUCCAUCGUUUUUAAUAACAACACUGACACUUACUGUAAUGUAAUAAAUUUCACUUUUAACACAGA